CCACAUCAGGAAAUGAUAUGGAUAUUAAUGAUGAUCCUAAUGAAGACCAUCUUGCAAGUUAUGAUGUUCAACUCUGCAUUCAGGAGUCCAUUGAAGCAAGCCAGGCUGUAUUCCAUCCUGAAAGAUUUGUACCACUCAGUGACCAAAACAGAAAGCUUGUAGAGGCCAUAAGGCGAGGUCACAUUUUUGAGCUCCAGGAGUAUGUGCAAUGUAAAUACGCCCUGGAUGAAGCUGACGAAAAAGGAUGGUUCCCAUUGCAUGAAGCCGUAGUUCAACCCAUUCAGCAGAUACUUGAGACUGUUCUGGAUGCAUCCUAUAAGACAGUUUGGGAAUUCAAGACUUGCGAUGGAGAAACACCCUUGACUCUGGCAGUCAAAGCUGGCCUGGUGGAAAAUGUCAAGACAUUGCUAGAAAAAGGGAUCUGGCCCAACACCAAAAAUGACAAAGGAGAGACUCCUCUUCUGAUCGCUAUAAAAAAGGGCUCCUAUGACAUGGUAUCGGUGCUGAUUAAAUCCAACACCAGCCUUGACCAACCCUGUGUCAAGCGAUGGUCAGCAAUGCAUGAAGCAGCUAAGCAAGGCCGGAAAGACAUCAUAGCCCUACUGCUGAGCCACGGAGGCAAUGUGCACCUGAGAGAUGGGUUUGGAGUCACGCCUUUAGGGGUUGCUGCUGAGUAUGGUCACUAUGAUGUGUUAGAGCAUCUGAUCCACAAAGGUGGGGAUGUGUUUGCUUUGGCGGACGAUGGGGCAUCUGUGUUAUUCGAGGCAGCAGGAGGUGGAAACCCAGACUGCAUUUCUCUCCUGCUGGACUAUGGAGGAAACGGUAACGUGCCCAACAGAGCAGGGCAUCUUCCAAUACACCGAGCUGCCUAUGAGGGACAUUAUCUGGCUCUGAAAUAUCUCAUCCCAGUAACAUCCAAACAUGCAAUCCGGAAAAGUGGCCUAAGUCCAAUCCACUCAGCAGCGGAUGGACAAAACGCCCAGUGCCUGGAACUGCUGAUUGAUAAUGGUUUUGAUGUCAACGCCCUGCUUGCUGACCACAUUUCUCAGAGCUACGAUGAUGAGAGAAAGACCGCGCUUUAUUUUGCUGUCUCUAACAAUGACAUUCACUGCACAGAAGUCCUUCUGGCUGCAGGUGCCGACCCCAACUUAGAUCCCCUCAACUGUCUACUUGUGGCCGUGAGGGCCAACAGCCAUGAGAUUGUCCGGCUGCUUCUCUCCUACGGGGCUAAUGUCAACUGCUAUUUUAUGCACGUGAAUGACACUCGCUUCCCCAGCGCCAUCCAGUACGCCCUAAAUGACGAGGUUAUGCUGAGACUCCUGCUGAAUAACGGCUACCAAGUGGAGCUGUGCUUUGAGUGCAUGCACGGAGACAUCUUUGGAAAUUCAUUCGUGUGGUCAGAGAUAGAGGAAGAGGGACUGCCAGGAUGGACGUCAUGUGUAAUAAAAGAUAACCCGUUCUGUGAGUUUAUUACAGUUCCGUGGCUGAAGCACCUGGUGGGCAGCAUUGUCCGUGUACUAAUAGAUUACAUGGAUUAUGUCCCUCUGUGUACUAAACUGAAGUCUGCACUAGAAGUACAGAGAGAGUGGCCAGAAAUCCGCCAAAUAAUAGAGAAUCCUUGCUCCCUCAAGCACCUUUGCCGGUUGAAAAUUCGCAGACUUAUGGGACUGCAGCGACUCUGCCAGCCAGCCUCCAUGGAGAAGCUUCCUCUGCCGGCAGCGAUUCGAAGAUACUUAUUAUUUAAAGAAUAUGAUCUCUAUGGACAAUAGCUAAAGUUAAUAUCACUUUUCAAUGAUAUUUUAAAAUGUGAUUCUUAAAGUGUUUUCAAAUGUGGUUCCCCUAGAGAAGUCAUUGGGAUCGUUUUGUAUUCUUAAGGGUAUUUAAAUCCAUGGAAAAUCUGGU